AUGGCGAUCAUUUCUCUGAAUAUCAUGAUCUUCCUCGCUCUCUCUUUCCUCACCAUCUCCCACUCCACUCUCGACCCAACUCUGACCUCCGCCACCUCUCCACCACUCUUCGAAACCUCACCAACACCGCAACCACCUGAAGACUUCCCAGACCACACAAUCUUCUCCCAUACUUCCCUCCUAGCUCCAAUCCUCUCUCACCUCGGCUUCAACGAGCUAGCCACCGCCGCCCCUUCUCCCUCCAGUGACUCAAACACCGCCACUGCUUUGUCCGGUCCUUACACUAUCUUUGCUCCCUCCGAUUCCUCAGUGCGAACAUGCAUUUCUUGCUCCACCUCUUCCCUCCUCCGUGAACACAUGGUUUACGGCCUCUUCACCAUCGAUUACCUCAGUAAACUCACCUUCGGUACCAAAAUAGAAACUCUCAGCCCCGGCCGUUGCAUAACCGUAACCGCCACCUUAGACAACCACCAAAAUACCACCAUUCACAAAAUCUUCAUCGGCGGAGUUGAAAUCACUCAUCCAGAUCUCUUCAACAACGGCCUAAUCAUAAUCCACGGCCUCCAAGGCUACAUCUCACCUCUCUCGCCUUUCUCUUGUGACGUUGAACGGAUGACGUCACUGUCUUUCCCGCUCCACUACGAUCGUAACCACAAUAACCAACUUCCUCAACAGCAAAAUGUCGCUCUGAUGCGUUUCAUGCUUCGAGACGCCAUCCUACGGCUGAGAAACAACGGCUUCUCCAUUCUCUCACUCGCUAUGAAAAUCAAGUACGCCGAACUCGUUUCUCUCAACAAUGCCACGAUCUUCGCUCUUGAUGACGUGUCAAUCUUCUCCGGUUCGUUCUCUUACAUCAACAACAUAAGGUACCAUAUCGUGCCGAACCAGCUAUUGACUAUUGCGGAUCUGGAGAGACUUCCAGUGGGGACGACGUUGACGACGUUGGAUAGAGGACAGACUUUGGUGGUGACGACGGCGGGAGGAGGGGUUAUGAGGGGUCAAACGAGGAUUAACUAUGUGAGGAUUAAGGUUGCUGAUGUGGUGAGGAAUUUGAAUAUUAUAGUGCAUAGCAUUUACUUGCCGUUUCCUCAUGUUCAUCCUACGGCGGCGGCCAAUGAUGCGAUUUUAGGUGUUGGACAUGAGACGACGAAGGCGGGAAUAGAUGGGGCUUGUGAAGCCUUGAAUGAGCAUGGCGGUUGUGAAUUGAGCCAGGUGAAUCACGUCAUGACUGAUCAGGUCAAGCCGCCUAUGCCGGAGAUUGAAGAUCACCACGGUCUUUGA